CGAUGAUGUUGAACUAACAUUUUCUUGGAAGAAGAUUUUGCAUCUUCAUAAGAAUUUUGAUUAUCGAUCGCCAUGGGCAAACACGCCAAAGAAAAGGAUACUCCUAAGGAGCAGAAAGAGGAGCCAACAGAGGAUCGUCCUGAGUAUGAGGAGUUGGUGGAGCGAGUGAGUACGAUUGCACAGCCUUUGGCUUCGAAGAAACUCACUAAGAAAAUCUACAAAACAGUAAAGAAAGCGUCCAAGUCUAAGAGUCUCCGACGUGGCGUAAAAGAAGUGCAGAAAUGUAUCCGCAAGGGUGAAAAGGGACUUGUAGUAAUGGCAGGAGAUAUUUCGCCGAUCGAUGUCAUUUCUCAUCUCCCCGUUUUCUGCGAGGAGAACAAACUGCCUUACUGCUACGUCCCAGCGAAGAUUGACCUUGGUGCGGCCAGCUGUACUAAACGGCCCACAAGUAUCGUUUUAAUCAAGCGUCACGACGAGUUCGCAGAAGGAUAUGAUGAGUGUCAGGAAGGCAUGAAGGCUCUCCCGCCACCUCUUAUUUCUUAAUUGAACUUGAGCUUGCCUCUUCUUAACUUGCUUGUCAAACAACAAUGCAGGCAUGCAGAUUUCUCUUGCUGCAUGUUUUAUUUGAUUGUUGUUUUUGUACUUGUAUACCGUUGGUGAAACUGUACAUAUGUUUUUCGCGCGUGGCUCCAUUGUUAUUUACAUGUACAUGAAACGAAAAAGUUGUACACCAUCUUGAA